AUGGCAGCCGAGGCAGGGAUGCUCGAGCUGCCCUUCAUCCGUGAUGACCAGCUUACCCGCUGCAUGCGGCUGCGAUUCCAGAGCCUGCAGCAAAAAAACAUGAGACCCCAGGAUGGUGAGAAGCUGCUGCAUCCCAACGAGCACAUCUACCGAGUGGAUUUCAUCCGGCAGCACAACCUGCGCUUCCUCCGCUGGGACAUCCAGCUGGAGAGACCUGGGAAGGUCACGGUGACCGGCACCUCCCAGCACUGGACUCCUGAUCUCACCCACCUUAUGAACCGGCAGCUGCUGGAGCCGGUCGGCAUCUUCUGGAAGAAGCCAGGGGCCAAGGAGGUAGAGUGCAAUGAGGCAGAUGCCCAGGAAUUUGGGGAGCGGAUAGCAGAAUUAGCCCAGAUCCGCAAGGUGAUGUAUUUCCUCCUUGCUUUCGCCGAUGGCCUUGAACCAGCUCAGCUGAAGGGCUCUGUUGUUUUUAAAGCCUGA